AUGACAGAGUCAACAGCAGACUCACAGCAGAGAUGUUUCCGCCGAUAUGGUACAAGAUGCAUGUGGCUUUGUCUGGCAGUUGCAUUGGUACUGCUCUCCUUGGUACAAUCCUGGCAGCGAGUCCAACAGCAUGCAAACCUGACGUUGAAUGAUAAUAAAGACCAUGCCACUUCCUUGCAAGUUGCGGAACUGCAAUCCAAACUGGAUGCCUUGAACGAGCGGAUCAGGCUCCUCCUCGAGAAGAAUGCCAACAAUUCAAACAGCAAUGCUGACCCUCCGGCAGCAGAAACGACGGCAGCACCCACAACAGUUGUACCUGCAACUGUGGAACCCACAACUGAAGCACCUGUUUCAUCCACUAUUCGAGGUACUCCCACCAUAACCACGGCGAGUCCAUCCAAGUUUCCUUAUCAUGUUCUCUAUGGGCUCUCGGGAAACCAAACCGGCUUUCUGUCCGAGUUUCAAGUCUCCCUCAAGAGUGUCCUCUUGAAUGCACCCCUGGAAGAAGCCUUGCAUGUGCACAUUUUAGCAGAUCGAGAUGCCUUUCAAGCUCUGGAAAAAACCGUCUGGAAGGAAACAAAACUGGAACAAUGGGUCACCCGUCAUCCCAUAACGAUUCAUGUCUACAAUGUACAACCUCUCUUGAAGACGUGGGAGGAAAAGUUGGUUCAGUUCUUCAAAACUGCCUGGAAAGAAGACUAUGGCAUCAACUUUUCCACGGAUGAUCACACCAUUGGCACCAUGUUUCGAUUGUUUGCGCACAAAGUGUUGCCCAAACAUGUGCACAAAAUGCUCUAUCUAGAUCCCGAUGCGCUCCUCAUGACCAACAUUCAAGAGUUGUGGAGACAGAUUGAUGAGGACACACUGUUUCAGUGGGGCCGGUCCAUGUGCGCUGGAUUCAUGCUGAUUGACAAUCUGCGGUUGCCACAAGUGUGGAGUUUGGCGGAACUGUCGCAUAUGGCCAACGUGUCUGACACCACUGGAGACGGCGCCAAUGACCAACUGGUCUUCAAAUCCGUCUCCAUGUCCUUCCCCGAUCGAGUUGGUAUCCUCGAAAAGGCAUGGGAUGUCAAUGUAGCCGACGGAGCUUGGAUGUAUGCCAGUCAGUUUGCCGAACACAGUCCUCAAGUGGGAAUGAUGCAUUUUAAUGGAGGGACGAACAGCAAAGAAUCGGCCUUUGAAACCCACAACUUUUUGAAAGACGACGUCGAACCUCCCAGUAUGCGAGGAACAUGGGGAAUGGCGCACUAUUAUGCCCGCAUGCCAUGGGACUGGGCUCGAUAUUGGGCAUCUAGUAAGGUCACUACUACUUCUUGGGAGGGCGACGAAGGAGACGGAGCGACGAAGCGUUCAGGGUUUCCAGUUACCAUUGUUCGCCACAAGACCGGUAAGAAAAGGUGA